GCUGCUUCUGACAGCGGCGGCGGAAGCUGGUGAAAAUACACAGCUUGCUGUUGCAGCGGCUGGGCUGAGGGGGGACGGACGCACCAGCAGGGGCACGCUCCCUCCAAAGACACACACAUACACACACCCCACACACACACACACACCCCUCAUCGUUUCCAGCAGCAUCAAGACACACUCGCUGAAAGAAAAGGGAAACUGCAACCGGAUUGCAGAAAACGGUCUGACACAACAUUACAGCAGCUGGAAUUAACAGAGUCGAUCCUUCUUCACCAGCUGGUCACUCUUCUGCUACUGUUAACCCUGGAGGGAAGAUCAUCAUUCGGGCUCUGACUUACACAAACAUGGACAAGAAACAAAAAUGGACUCCAGGUCUUGAAGCCGUAUUAUUGAUAUUGCUGAGUCACAUGACUGCAGGGCUUGAAGUUCCUCUUGAUCCUAAAGUGCUGGAAGGAUUGCCUCAACCCCCCACCAUAACUCUGCAAUCCCCAAAGGAUUAUAUCUUUGACCCACGGGAGAAUAUCGUCAUUCACUGCGAGGCCAAAGGGAAGCCUCAUCCCAGCUUUUCAUGGACAAGGAACGGCACCAACUUUGAUGUGGAGAAGGACUCCAAAGUCCUGAUGAAGCCCGGUUCAGGAACGCUGGUCAUUGAUAUCAGUGGAGAAAAGGCUGAUGCCUACGAGGGAACAUACCAGUGUACAGCUAGCAAUGAGCACGGCAAAGCUCUGUCCAACACCAUUAUGAUCAGGCAGUCCAGGUCCCCCUUGUGGUCAAAGGAGAAAAAUGAAGCGAUUUUGGUGCAGAAGGGGGUUUCUCUCGUGCUUCCGUGUCGACCCCCGGCUGGCCUGCCUCCUCCUGUCAUUUUUUGGAUGGAUAACAACUUCCAGAAGCUGCCGCUGAAUAAGCGCGUGUCCCAGGCCCUGAACGGAGACCUGUACUUUUCCAACGUUCUCCCAGAAGACACCCGGAGCGAUUACAUCUGCUACGCUCGCUUUCCAUACACGCAGACCAUCCAGCAGAAGCAGCCCAUCUCUGUCGUAGUGCUCAACAGCAAUCCAGAGGGGGAGCGUCGCCCCGGUUUCAAGUUGCCGAGCGGCAGCACGAGCAACAAGAUGGUUCUGAGAGGAGAGACUCUCCAGCUGGAAUGCAUCGCUGAGGGAUUACCCACUCCUGACAUUUCAUGGCAGAAGGAUGCAGGGCAGCUGCCGAGUGGCAGGGCGUUCUUUUCCAACUUCAACAAAACGCUGAAGAUUUCCGACGUGAAUGAAGACGAUGCUGGCGAAUACCGCUGCACGGCGACCAACAAGCUGGGCUCUGCACAUCACCUGAUUAAAGUCACCAUUAAAGCUGCUCCUUUCUGGAUCAGUGCUCCCAGGAACCUGAUACUGGCUCCGAAUGAGACCGGCAUCCUAACCUGCCGUGUUAAUGGAAAUCCCAAGCCAAAAAUUAAUUGGUUUGUCAAUGGACGUCCAAUACAGGAUGUUUAUGAAGAAAAUGGCCCAAAGAUAGAGGAGGACACCGUGAUUCUCAGCAACGUGCAGUCGGGAAGCAGUGCCGUCUUCCAGUGCAAUGCAUCCAAUGAGUUUGGUUACUUGAUGGCUAAUGCGUUUGUCAAUGUGCUGGCCGAAGCACCAAGAGUCCUGACUCUGCCAAACCAAGUGUACCGAGUCAUCAUGAACCACCCGGCGCUGCUCGACUGCGCCUCCUUCGGCUCACCAAUACCAACCAUCGCAUGGUUUAAAGACGGUCAGACCAGCAUAAAGGACGGCGACUCCUAUGUGAUCCAUGAGAACGGCACGCUGGAAAUCAACGUGGCCCAGCCUCUACACAGUGGGAAGUACACCUGCACCGCCACCAAUAACCUAGGAUUUAAAGAGAAUGAUGUGUUCCUGGAAGUUAAAGAACCCACUCGCAUCCUCACCCAGCCGACGUACAAGAAGGUGCAGAGAGGAAUGAGUGCUCUGUUUGAGUGUAAAGUCAAACACGACCAGUCCCUUUUGCCCACCAUGACAUGGCUGAAAGACAAUGGCGAGCUACCAGACGAUCAGAGGUUUGAGGUGGGCGAUGAGAGUCUGAUCAUCAGAGAUGUGACGGAUGAUGACGCAGGCACGUACACCUGCAUCACAAACACCAUUCUGGAUCAGGACUCUGCGAGUGCUACACUGACUGUAGUUGAGGCAACUCCUCCUCCACCAGUUGUGUUAGCAAAGCCGGACCCUCCGACUGACCUGGAGCUCACCGACCAGAUGGAGAGAAGUGUUCAGCUCACCUGGAUCCCUAGAGAUGAAAACAACAGUCCAAUACAGAACUUUUUGAUUGAAUACAUGGAUCUACUCCACCAGCCAGGAGUUUGGGUCAACCUCACAGAAGUUUCUGGUACCACCACCACGGCCCAGCUACAGCUCUCUCCGUACGUCUACUACACGUUCAGAGUGCUGGCUCGGAAUGACGUCGGCUACAGCGACCCCAGUGAGCCCUCAGCACAGUACAGGACCAACCCUUCAGCUCCGGAUGAAAAUCCAACAAAUGUGGAAGGAGCAGGAACACAGUCUGACAACUUGGUCAUCUCUUGGAAGCCCCUCACAGGAUUUCAGUCAAACGGUCCGGGACUGCAGUACAAGGUGCAGUGGAGACAAAAGGACGUGGAAGACGACUGGACCUCGAAGAACGUUCUCAACGAUUCCCAGCUCAUUGUUUCUGGAACACCAACCUAUGUGGCCUAUGAAAUUAAAGUUCAGGCCUUCAACAACUACGGCAACGCGCCUGAAGCCACAGUUGUGACAGGAUACUCGGGAGAAGACAAGCCUUUGUCUUCUCCUGGUAGCGUCCAGGUCACUGUUCCCAACAGCACACUGGCAGAAGUUCAGUGGGAACCAGUAUCAAACCCCUCUGUCCGAGGUGAACUGCAAGGAUACAGGGUGUACUACCGUCGGGUGCGAGGCCAGCAAGACCAACAGGAAGAAGCAGACGAGCAGGAGCAAAUUUUAACUUUCAGCGGCAACCGCAGUGAGGGAAUGCUGCCAGGGCUUCAGCCUUACAGCGUCUACGACCUCUUCAUCAAGGUGUUCAAUAACAAAGGAGAAGGACCUCCCAGCCCCAAAAAGACCUUUGAAACCCCCGAAGGAGUUCCAGAUCUUCCUUCUUUUCUGAGAGUGACUGACCACGGUUUGGACACUCUUACGCUAAAGUGGGGCCCACCUUUGAGCAACAAUGGACGCCUUACAGGAUACACUCUCAAAUACCACCCCGGUAGGGUUAACACCACAAGUGAACUGGGACCAGUCAAGGAAGUGACCUUUCCAGCCAACGUGACCACCAUCACACUGACCAGCCUGAACACAAGCAUGCUCUAUAAGUUUUACUUGAAGGCUCGGACAAGAAAAGGCCCCGGCCCUGAAAUCACAGAAGAGGCGUCGACAGCCAUGGAUACAGCUCUUAUUCAGCCCACUAUACAGCCAGGCAAAGGCCCCACAGAGCCCCCUCACCCAACCUCCCCCAUCACUCUGUCUCUACAUCCCCCGCUUCACAAGGUGCCUUCUGCUGGGCCUGUGUUCGGAACGGUUAACGCAUCUGUGUCAGAGGAAGGCCCAGUGAUCAGUUGGGAAUACUUUGGACACAAUAAAAUUUUAUUUGUGGAAUAUGUUGUAGAAAACAGUGAUGAUGAGUGGAAAAGGGAGUCAGUAAACGGUACACAUUCGCAUACUAUAAAAGGCCUAAAGCCGGGGACGUCCUAUUCUGUGCGCGUGGUAGCUAGAGAUGGCGCCGGCCCGGCGGUCCACAAGACCAAAGAAGUGUCGGUCACAGUGCCAGCUGUCCCCAACCGGCAGGUAGACAUCGCCACGCAGGGCUGGUUCAUCGGGCUGAUGUGCGCCAUCGCUCUCCUGAUCUUGGUGCUUCUCAUCGUAUGCUUCAUCAAAAGAAACAAAGGUGGCAAAUAUCCAGUUAAAGAGAAAGAAGAUGCUCAUCAAGACCCAGAGAUCCAACCUAUGAAGGAGGAUGAUGGAACAUUCGGGGAGUACAGGUCAAUGGAGAGUGACACCGAGGACCACAAGCCACUGAAGGGCAGCCGGACGCCAUCCAACGGGACGGUGCGGCGCGACGAGAGCGACGACAGUUUAGUGGACUACGGGGAGGGCGGGGACGGACAGUUCAACGAGGACGGCUCCUUCAUCGGCCAGUACAGCGGCAAGAAGGAGAAGGACACGCACGAGGGCAACGAGAGUUCGGAGGCGCCGUCGCCCGUCAACGCCAUGAACUCGUUUGUCUAACGCGGCCGCCCUCCUGGCUGCGGCGGUUGCUACGGCCGUCCCCGCGUCACCCUGGCAAAUGUGAUCAUCCCGGUGGUGACAGUUGCUAAGGCGACAGCCGUCGUCGCGGGCACCUACCUUUACCCUGUGGUUGCCGUCACUCUGCUGGUCAAGGCUGCCUUUACGCCAAGACUGCUGACAUGUCCUCAUCUCCACACCCCGGCAGCCCCAGUCGCACUGUGACCUACCAGUGAACACACACUUAAGAAUCCCCCACAACCAUUAAAAAGAAGAAAAGAGACGGCGAGCAAUACUGAAAAGCAGACGAAAUGUGCCAGAGGGGAUUUUUAAACACUCAGACUGAGACGAGGCCAAGUGUACGUGCGUGUUAGUGAUCUCUUAACAAACAUGAUAAAUAUAGCGAGUAUAUAUAAAUAUAUAUUUGAUGGAAGUAUGGCAUAUGAUCCGCAGGCAGGCUAAUAUAAGUGAAUCACAUUCAUAAGCAACUGCAUGGAGCAAAUCGUGUGUCUGCUUUACUUUCCUCUUGUCUUUUUUUUUUUUUUUUUUUUUUUUGCAGAAGUAUGCUGCAUCUUACGCUGUAUUUGGUGCACGCCUGUGAGCCAGGGUGUUAUUUUCUUACUUGCAGAAAAGUGUUAUAUGGUGUUUGACAUAUAGAAGAAAAAACAUGGCAGCAAGUGGUAUUGUGAUUCCAGCUGCGAAAAGAGUGAUUCAAAGUAGAAACUAGUAGGUGUUUUUAUUUAACUGCCUUUCUUUAUUUUAUUACAGAUGGACUGUUUGUGCGUGUGUGUGUGUGUGUGUGUGUGCUAGAGAAAGAAUGGGAGCUAUAUGUCCAGGUCAGGUGUGUCCGGUCGUAGUGCCUGAAAAGCCUGGAGAGCCAGCCUGGUGUCGCACGCUAGCAGCGCAGUGCUAAACUAAAUGUUUUCACAUUUUCUCACAUUGCAACCUUAUUAUUUCAAUGGGUUUUAUUGGGAUUUUGUAGGAGAGACCAACACAAGGUGAUUCAUAAUCAAUACAUAGAUUUCUCAAAACAUUUUUCAUUAUGAAAAUCUAAGAAAAGUGGCAUGCAUUUGUACUUUGCUGAAUCACAUUAAGCUUGUCCUUGCAGGUGAAAGUUACUUGGGGUGUCUCUCUACCAGCUUUCCAAAUCUAGAAACUGGAACUUCUCCCCUGGGGGAUUUCUCGUGUUAUAUUUCCACCACAUUUUUCGUUUUGCAUUUUGUUGGCGAAGAAGCUUAAGUUAGGCUGGUUUUUGUUUUGAGAAUUGUGUCAUACUCUUUUUUUGUGGUUAAUGAAAGCCGUCACGAUGCGGUUUGUUCACGGAUUUUCUCGAACCUAAGACUUUGACAAAACAUAAGCGUUUAUGCAAAAAAUUAAACAUCCCCCAAUGUAUUUCCUCCUUGGUGAUUUUUAAAGGCAAGUGCUGAUAGUUGGAAACUUUUGAGGUUCCUUGGUUAAAGUUUUAGUUUCUGUUCAUACAGUGCAUGGGUUCUUUCCAGGUACUUAGAUUUUUUUUCCCCCUCAACUGAAAAACAUGCAUGCCAUGUAUCUGGCCUCUGUGAGUGUCUGCAUGCCCUCUAAUGUCCUUUGUCAUACAGGGUGAAUGCCUCUGUAGUCUAUUGUUCAAAAGUGAAAGGCACCCCCCCCCCCCCCUCCCCCCGAUUAACAGGCAGAUGUAGAAAAAUAGUUGGAUUUUGUUUGGAUAAAUCAAGGCGUAAAAGGAGCAGAACACAAAUGCACAUCGCCCUUUUGUUAUUUUGCAAUUACAAAAAAAAAAUGUUGGUUACCAUAAAUCCUAAUCCUUCUAUUUUAAACAUUAUUAAACAUUGGAGCUAAGGUUGUAAUGUGGCAAAAUCCAAUAAAAAAAGUAAAAGUAUCAACACAUUUCCAAGCCACUGUGGUUCCAAACAGCCUGUUUGUAGUCUCACGGUUUUUACCAUCAUUUACCUUUUACUCUAUUACCGUUACAUUGUACCCUUGUUGCUGAACACUAAUGUUGAUGGACUAACACUAAUGAACACCCAGUGUCGCUGUCUAUUGCUUCCACCCGCUGUGCAAACCCUGUCAAAACUCUCCCAUCUUAACAUUAAUUUCACUGUCAUUAAUCCUCCACCUUUGUUUUAUGUCCACGUGCUCACGGAAAUAUUCUAAUCGUACAAGUUUGCUAAGAAUAUCUGAGGUAUUUCACGACGUGUUGGUAAUCACAAAGCCGUCAGCAUGGUUUCUAGUGCCUUUGUAGAAAACAGUUACCUAGAUCCACUGUUCAAUGCCAAUUUAUGCAAUCCAAAAUUUUAAAAACAAGGUUGAUGUUCAAAGCUUCUUAAAAGGCACCUCAUGGAAAAAAGUUUUUAGAAAAAGUUUGGUUUUUUUAAGUAGUCCUUAAUAUAAAGCCGAUGAUUACCUUUUUUUUUUGCCAGAAAAUAUGACAGAUUUGACCAUUUUGUAAGCUAUAAAGAACAAAUUAAGGGGAAACUUGUUAAUGAAGGCUGUUCUAAUUCAAAUUUUCUUAGGGGUCCAGGUUCCUACACAAGGCUGAAAACACAUUUCAAAAGUGGCAGUAAGUGCAAGGAACCUACUUUAGCUCUAUGGUCAUAGCUUUGUCGACAAUCAUGUUACUCGGCUUCCAUCCUCUCAUAAACAGAAAGCAUCUCGCUGAGAGCUAAGCAAUUCUAAAAUGGGCAUUUGAUCAGAAACUAGACCACGCGUUCAUGUCAAACAUUCCCUUUCUCAACUCAUUCAUCAAAAACCUAAACUAAACUACUGCCAAACUGCUCACCAGAUAACUGCCAGUGUGAACCAGCUUCACCACCUCGUCUUGUCCUAUUGUAACCGUCACCAUUGGGAAAAAUAAGUGUGGGGGUGGGAGGGAGUAAUAAUAAUACUGAAUGUGGAUACAAGUGUAUCUGUUUAUGUGAAUGAAAAUACUGCUUGUUUCAUUUCAAGGAGUGAAUGCACUGGUGACUUUGGUUUAUGCAUUUUUGCUUACCUUCUGCAGUAUAUGUUAUUACAGUCUGAGUGCAGGUUUUAUGUUUUUGCAGAUGAAGUACAGGUGUGAAUGUCUGAGUUCACGAGCGUGUGCGACACAUGCAUGCUGCGUGUGUGUGUGUGUGUGCGUGUGUGUGUGCGCGUGCAUGCGUGAAGUGCACACUGCUUUCUAUUGUUCCAAUGUGUGUCCUGUAGUUUGCUCCUUCUGGACAUAGGAGAUUCUUUUCUUUUUUUUUUCUUUUUUUAAAAAAGCAUUUUCAUGUCUUUAUCAUAACUUGCAUCAAGUUUUUGGGUUUCAACAUGUCAGAACACCGCGUGUAGAUAUAUGUAUUUUCCGUUUAUUGUAAAUAACGGUUUGAUUUGAGCUUAGAUGUGUUAAGAUCAGAGUUGGCAUGGGGUGAGGAAGUUAGACUGUGAGGAAUUAGACGACUUCUAGUUUUCACUCUUUGAUUUAGUGUGAACUUCUGUUUUUUUUAUUUUUAUUAUAUAUAUAUAUAUUAUCGUCAGGUAAACAUGUUUAGCCUACAGUAUCGGGUAUCACCUCUGAUGAUUUAACUUGUGACUGAGCUCUUGUGACACCUGUAUUGUUUCUAUUUCUGGCGGUUCAUGCACAUUUUCUGCCUUUUUAUAUUUAAUAUAUAUAAAUAUUACCAAAAAAAACAACAUUAAGUGGACUAUUAUUUCAAAAUAAGUUUGCACAUCUAAUUUAGGACAACCAGAUUGUCCUAAAUUAGAUAACUUUUUUUUAUGAUUGUGCACUGGAAAAUGAAAAAUAUACUACUAAGUUGGAGAAUAUAGUAGGACGGCAUGGACACAUUAACUGGUGCAUUUCAGUGUGAAUACCCUGGAAACAAUGUUGCUGGCUGAAACGGUAUAUAAUUAUAACAUUCUGGUUAAAUGUUAAAGCUACAUGAGAAGCAUGAAAGGCUGUUGAAUGGUUUACUUCACAUUAUAAUAUUGCAAAAAUAUUUUGUAUUUUAAAUGAAGUACAAAAAAAAUGAAUAAAUGUUGGUUUCGGGAUUUCAAAUCAGUUUAUUUUUGUAUCCUUGCUGCAGUGCAACGUGUUAAAGUGUGAGAUUUGGCUCCACCUAGUGGAUCUAUUCAAUCUUUAAACAUUUGAACGUUUCUUUUCAACUUGUGGAAUCAGGGCUGGACUUUGAUUGGACCAUAGACAAUAUAGUUAAUACAGUGUGACUUAAACCUCUUUCAUUGUACUUGUUGUCCUCCUGGUGAAAUGUGAACCUUUAGACUGAUGCCUUUUUACACCCAAUAUGUUUUCCUACACAUUUCCUCGUCCAUAAAGCCAAGAUUUAUCGACUGCAUAAAGAAUCGAUGUUGUGUUCACAGAUUGUUCUACUUAACCGUCGUCUCUGCAGCUUUUUCAGAAUUACAGUUGGCCUUCUUUGCUUAUUAAUGCUCUCCUUCCUUAUUCUUUAAGGCAGCCAUGUUUGAGUAAGUUUACAAUCUUGCCGAACUUCACCUUCAGGUAACAGAUUGAGCAGCAUUUUGAGAAAUGUUCACUUAUGUUCUUUUAAGAAUGAAAACAUGAGGGAUCUUCACAUCGAUAAUGAUCCAUUAAGAAACAAUUGUCAUCCAGGUUUGUGUUUCAGAAGUGGUGCUAUUUCAGAGUUCACGAACCCGUCGAUUAUAACAGUGGUGGGGAUGGGAUCUUAAAUCGGCAUGUAUUGGGUCUUCAGAUCAUUUCAAGAACUUAAAGUAAAUAAAUAAAAUGGAUUAUCAUAAUAAAGAAUAUUCAUGCUGUAAAUGUUAGUAAAUAAAGGGGGAAAAAACGUC